UCCUAGUGUCGCCCAGUCCCCGCAGAGCCGGCCCGCGCCCUCCUGCCGCAGCCGCUGAGCCGCUGUCUAGAGCCCCAACCUCGCCACCAUGAGAGUCCCGCUGGCCUUUCUGCUCCUCUGCGUCCUGGUUGUGAGCGACUCUAAAGGCAGCCAUGACCUUCGUGGAGAGUCUGAUGCAUCCAACUGUGGCUGUCUGAAUGGAGGAACAUGUGUGACCUACAAGCACUUCUCCAACAUUCGCCGAUGCAUCUGCCCGAAGAAAUUCCAAGGGGAGCACUGUGAGAUAGAUACAGCAAAAACCUGCUAUGAGGGGAAUGGUCACUCUUACCGAGGAAAGGCCAACACUGAUGUCAUGGGCCGGUCCUGCCUGGCCUGGAACUCUGCCACUGUCCUUCUGAAAACAUACCAUGCCCACAGGCCUGAUGCCCUUCAGCUGGGCCUGGGGAAACACAAUUACUGCAGGAACCCAGACAACCAGAGACGGCCCUGGUGUUAUGUGCAGGUUGGCCUAAAGCAGGUCAUCCAAGAGUGCAUGGUGUCUGACUGCUCUGGUAAAAGGCCCUUCCCUUCGGAAAAAUCAGAGUUUCAGUGUGGCCAGAAGGCUCUGAGGCCCCGCUUUAAGAUUGUCGGGGGAGAAUUCACCACCAUUGAGAACCAGCCCUGGUUUGCAGCCAUCUACAAGAGGAACCGGGGAGGCUCUGUCUCCUACGUGUGUGGGGGCAGCCUCAUCAGUCCUUGCUGGGUGGUUAGCGCCACACACUGCUUCAUUAAUUACCCACAGAAGGAUGACUACAUCGUCUACCUGGGUCGGUCAAGACUUAACUCCAUUACGCCUGGGGAGAUGAAGUUUGAGGUGGAACAGCUCAUCCUGCACGAGGGCUAUAGCGCUGAGACACUUGCUCACCAUAACGAUAUUGCCUUGCUGAAGAUCCGUUCCAGUGAGGGCCAGUGUGCACAGCCAUCCCGGUCCAUACAGACCAUCUGUCUGCCCCCAAUGUAUGGCGAUGCUAAUUUUGGCACAAGCUGUGAGAUCACUGGCUUUGGAAAAGAGAGUUCCAAUGACUAUCGCUAUGCAGAGCAGCUGAAAAUGACUGUUGUCAAGCUGGUUUCCCACCAGGAGUGCCAGCAGCCCCACUAUUAUGCCUCUGAAGUCACUACCAAAAUGCUAUGUGCCGCUGACCCACAGUGGGAAACAGAUUCUUGCCAGGGAGACUCAGGGGGCCCCCUCGUCUGCUCUACCCAAGGCCGCCUGACUCUGACUGGGAUUGUGAGCUGGGGCCGUGGAUGUGCCUUGAAGGACAAGCCAGGCGUUUACACAAGGGUUUCCCGCUUCCUGCCCUGGAUCCGUACUCACAUGGGGAAAGAAAAUGGCCUCUGAGGGCUCCCAGAGAGACGAGGGAGGAAACAGGGCACCACCUACUCCCUCGUUGACCGUCAUUUUUGCAGUAGGGUCAUCUCCAUCAGCUGUAAGAAUAGACUGGGGAAGAUAGGCUCUGCAGAGAUGGUUUUGCUUGCGUUGCCCACCAGGGUGAGCGACAGACAGUAGCUUUACCCUCAGUCACAGGCCUGGGUGCUGGCCACCCAGACCCCCCUGGCCAGGAUGGAGAGGUGGUCCUGACUCAGGUUGGUACUGAACCAGUAGUUUGUCUUUUUCUAGACUAAAGCCUUCAGCGGCUAAAAAUGGCAUCUCUUGUGCACGGGUGGAAGGAGAGUCAGCUCCCCUAACAAUGGGCAUUCAGGAGGCCCAUUGUUGAGAAAUGAAUAGUUUCCCAAUUAGGAAGUGUAACAGCUGAGGUCUCUUAAGGGAGCUUGACCAAUGUGAGAACAGCAGUUUGGGGAGCAGAGACACUAAUGACUUGAGGGACCGGCUCUGACAUGCCGUGAAUGUUUUGCUAUGAGGAAAUAUUAUGUACGUGUGUGUGUUUUCACACUUGUGCACGGACUGUGAGUAUAGGUGUAAGAGCUGGUAUCUGAUUGCAAGUCUAGAUAUUUCCCUAAACUGAACUGUGAUGCCACACAGGAUGGUCUGUCUGGAGAUGUUAUGGGUCACUCCUGGGGCCUCUUGGGUCCUCUACAUGCCUAUGAAUGUUUUAUUCUGGGGCAUGACCUGUGACCAGCUCUGAAUGGCUCAUUGUCACACAGAUGUUCCUUUCUUGGCCAGUUAUCCCUUUUUACCUUUCAGCCUAAUUCAUCCAAUCCUCACUGGGUGGGGUGAGGACCACUCCUAUACACUGAAUAUUUAAUAAUGACAUUCUGCUAUUUUUAUUUAUAUCUAUUUUUAUAAUUGUAAAUAAAACUGAUCAAUAAAAUGUGAUUUCUUUUCUGAGA